GGUGUCUUGAAGAAUAAGUUGUUCAGUGAAGACAGCACCGUGGGGCUCAUGAACAAUGAUUCCUGCGAUGGUUUUGGAGAGAAGCGGAUGUGCCCUGACGCUGGUGACCAGCAGCAAAGGCAGAAGCGGGGACAGAACCUGUGGAGAGCCUCCAUGGGACCUUGCUUCGUGGACACCUGUUUCUUGUUAAUUGCACCGUGCUUCGUAGAACAACACCUGAUAAGGAAUCAGGAUGUCUUGUCACGCCACGAGCUGUAACUAGUCUAACAGCUGCAGACACUUGGGCGUAAUCAAGCAGCGAGGGGUAUAUAAGGAGGGAAGCUGCCUAGCUAGGGGCCCUCCUCAUUCGUCCCUCCUUCCUCCUCUUUUCCGUUCGCAUGAGAAGGUCUCUGAAUAAAUCGCUGCAAGAAGAAUCUCCGGAUUGCGUGUUUUUUUUACACCCGCCCUCACCGUCAUCCAAUCAGAGGUAGAGAAUGGGCGGCUGGGGGCCGGACGAUAACCACAGGCGGAAGUAGGCUCCAGCCCUUUACCUGCUCUUGGCUCUCUGAUCUCCGCCCAGCGUGGCUGCUGGACCCGCGGGGCCGUCAGCUCCUGUGCAGAGGCGCUAAGCCAGACAGAUUCCAGAUCAGGAAGGCUACAGGGGUCGUGGAGAUGGCCUAGGAAUUAGACCCAGGCGGUCAGGAGGAAAUAAUCGGGACCAGGGAGUCUGGAAGCUUCUCCAAGCAGCCUCUUCAUAUGUCCAGAUGUGCUGUGCCCUGACUUCUGACCUGCUCCAGUAAGAUGGAGUCCGUAUCCUUUGAGGACGUGGCUGUGAACUUCACCCGGGCUGAGUGGGCUUUGCUGGAUCCUGCCCAGAGGCGCCUGUACAGAGAUGUGAUGCUGGAGGCCUGCAGGAACCUGGCCUUCGUGGAGGGUUUCGCUCGAGGAAAAGGCAGUGUUGCUCUUGGAGGUGUCUUGGAGAAUAAGUUGUUCAGUGAACACAGCACCAUGGGGUUCAGAAGCAAUGACUGCUGCAAUGGUUUUGGAGAGAAGCAGAUGUUCCCUGAUGCUAGUGACCAGCAGCCAACGCAGAAGUGUCGACAGAAACGCAUGCCACUGGACAGUCUCGGUGAUGGUCACAGAACUUCCAAGAGUGCCCGAGGAGCCCCAAGGCGGACUCGAAACGUCCCUGCGCCCCAAAGUCCAAUUGCCACCUCUUCUGUGGAAUGUUCAUCCCCCCAACAACCCCCAGUACCUCUCCAUGACUCUCCUCCAGGUGAACAGGCUGAGGAUGGCGUCUGCUGCCCGGCUGCCCAGGGGACCCCCUCUCCCAACCUGGGUGCCCUUAGGCGACGCCCUCGGCGGGGCACUGGCACCCAGACACCGACGUCCCACGAAUGCAAAGUGUGUGGGGAGACCUUCAGUGCCGCCAGCCUGCUGACGCGUCACAUUCGGGAGCACCACGAGGAGAUGCCGUACGUGUGUGAGCUCUUCGGGAAGGGCUUCCGCCUCCCCACGUACCUGCAGGCUCACGCCAAGACCCACGAGAAGCUCUAUACGUGCCCCGAGUGCCCGCAGGUCUUGUCUACCCACAGUCAGCUGCGCGCCCACACUCGGAUGCACUCGGGGGUCCGGACUUUUGCCUGUCAGCAGUGCGGGAAAAGUUUCAGGUCUCGAUGGAAGCUGCGCCGACACAUCCGGACCCACACCGGGGAGCGGCCGUACGACUGCCCCGAGUGCGGGAAGGCGUUCCGGGAUAACGACAAAAGGACCAAGCACAUGCGCAUCCACACGGGCGAGCGGCCCUACACGUGCCCGCAGUGCGGGAAAGGUUUCCGCUGCCUGGACAGCCUCCAGGUCCACCGGGUGACGCACACGACCCAGAGUCCCUUCCAGUGCCCCGAGUGCGGCAAGGCCUACCGCUGCCGCUCCUACUUCUACGGCCACCUGCAGACGCACCAGACGGCCCAGUCCCUCACCUGCGGGGAGUGUGGCACAGUCUUCAGCCACCCCAAGCACUUCCGCCGGCACGUCAGGAGCCACUACGAGGAGCAGCAGUUCGUGUGCCACUGCGGGCAGGGGUUUGACCGGGCUGCAGCCCUGCACAGACACGUCCGCCGGACCCACUCUGGGGAGAAGCUCUAAACCCAUCCCUUCCACCCCCCAUGCCGGUAUUGUUACCCGGUCUCCCAUCAACCUGCGGGGAAAGAAACCUCGGAGGUGCAGACAGGCUGUGGGGUGCAGAGCGCGUGUGGGGUGCAACCUUGUGCCUCAAUUUCUCUCA